GUUUUCUUUUAAUAGGUGAACGUGAUUAACAUGGCCAUGUCACAGUUUAGAGUAUUUAAGAUAUGCACGUGCAUUGUAUCCUUGUUGUCCUUUUUGAAGAGACUGAUAUGCAGGUCUGGAAGAGGGAGAAAAUUAAGUGGAGACCAAAUAACUUUACCAACCACAGUAGACUACUCAUCCGUUCCAAAACAGUCUGACGUUCAGGAAUGGAGCUCCUGGGAUGAAGAAGGUCCCACUGGUGUACUGAUCGAAGAUGGAAAUGGCACAGUAGUUAUGCAGCAGCAAAAUCCUUCAGAGUCUGAUGAGCCGGAUUAUUUUAAAGACAUGACACCAACAAUCAGGAAAACACAGAAAAUUAUAAUUAAAAAAAGAGAACCUCUAAAUUUUGGACUUCCAGAUGGGAAUCUUGGAUUUUCAAUUAGACUAGCAGCUACGCAGGAUACUGAUUUCACUCAACCUUCAGCAGAGCUUGGUGAUAUAGAUAACUGGCAAGAAAACACUAAUGCAUGGGAAGAGGAAGGCGACGUUUCUUGGGAGGCAGAAGAAGUACUCCGACAGCAGAAGAUGGCCGACAGAGAAAAAAGAAUUGCAGAGCAGCAGAGGAGAAAAAUGGAAAAGGAGGCACAGAGACAGUUGAAGAAAGAGCAGAACAAAAUUGGUGUGAAAUUGUCCUAACUUUGAUUAUUCAGACUACAGUAACAACUAGAGAAUGUUGUUGUCUUACAGAUUUGAAUAAGCAGAACCAAGUAUUUGCUCCAGACUCACUAGGUAUUAGCAUAUUCACGAAGCCAACUUUGAAAGCCAAAGACGCUGCAAGAGUAAAACGUAUGUGAUUGCUGAGACCUAGUUAAGAUGCUGCUUAGGCCAACGACAACUUUUAACAUCCUCAAUACUUCACAGAGAAGACAUAAUCAAGAGCGGAUUUCAUUUUCAAAGCAACAAUAUUACUGGAAUGUAAUUUUAGACCUUUCUUCUGUUCACAUAUGUUUAAAAAUUAAAAAAAGUAAAAUAUAAACAGAUAACUAGGAUGGUUGUAAAUAGACUACUGGUGAUAAGCCUUUUCUUUUUCAUAUGAUUGUCAAAUGUCUGUAAGUUUAAUAAAAUGGUUUUAAUGCUUUUA